GCAUCCUUGCGGAAGCGGAAGCGGAAGCUCCUUCCAUGCUGAGCGCGCGCGGGGUCGCGCUGGCUGGCUGGGCCCGGGCCGCUGAGGAGACUGUGGGGGGCGCGGGACCGGGAUGGGCCGGGGGGCGGCGGGGCCUUCACCGCCGGCUGCCGCUCCCCGGGCCCGGGCGCAGCGCGGCGCAGCGCGACCCGCAGGGCUGGCGGGAGACGCUCAGCGCCGCCGUGAGCGCGCUGCGGGAGGGCGGCCUGGUAGCGGUCCCCACCGACACCAUCUAUGGGAUCGCGGCUCUAGCCCAGAGCUCUCAAGCAAUUAAGAAGAUCUAUAAUCUGAAAGGGCGAAACGGGGGCAAGCCCCUGGCGAUCUGUCUGGGGGACGUGGAGCAUAUUUACAGGUACUGCCAUGUCAAUGUGCCAGAAGAGCUGCUGCGGGACCUCCUCCCAGGACCUGUGACCCUGGUACUGCAGCGCUCCGAAGGACUCAAUAAAGACCUGAACCCUUUCACGUCGUUGGUUGGCGUUCGUAUUCCAAAUCACACUUUCAUUAGGGAGGUGGCACAGGCUUGCUCGGGACCACUGGCUUUAACGAGUGCUAACAUCAGUACUCGGGCGAGCACGCUGACCGUCUCGGAAUUCCAAGACCUUUGGCCUCAGUUAUCCUUGGUCAUUGAUGGAGGUGCAAUUGGAGAUAUCCAGAGUCCAGAGUGUCGUCUGGGGUCAACUGUGGUCGACUUGUCUGUAUCUGGGAAAUACACCGUUAUUCGGCCUGGCUGCCUAGAGUCACUUGUUGUAGAGAUGAAGAUUUGACUAGCAACUACCCUGCUAAACAAGGCCCAUCAUGCAGCAAGGCAUGGAGCAGCUGGACUCUUAUCAAAUCUCAAAAAAGAUGAACGAGGGCUUUAUAACCCAGAUGCUAUUGUAAGUGAGACACAACCACAGGGAUAGCUUUUUGCUUAUUCCACUCUCGCACUAAAUGGGGUGUACUCUGGUACCAUGCACAGAACUUUGCAGCAGGAGCUCUUUAUAUAAGAUUCCUUUUUGAUUGUCAGGUCAUUAAAGUGGAAAUAUGGACAAAGUGCUGAGUAGGAAUACAAAAGAAUAGCACAAGUAUGGAGGGACAAAAGAAGUUACACCUGGUAAGGGAUAUAAAAGGUAAUGAGCAGCAAGAGUUUAAAUACAAAGAUGGGUGUAUGUGAGUACCUAGUAUUAAAUAAGGAUAUUAAUAUAAUAGGCAUCAUGGAAAUGUGGUGGAAUGAUGAUAAUCAAUGGGACAUGGUAAUACCAGGGUACAAAAUAUAUACAAACAGAGUAGGUUGUGAAAGAAAACAGAUUCAUACAAAAAACUCUACCAUAGAAUCUUUUUGGAUAGAAAUUCCAUGCUUGGAGAGUAGGAGUGUAGAAGUAGGAAUACACUACUGCCCACGGGAGCAGGCUGGUACUAGUGAUUGUGCAACAGGCAGAGGUUAUAAAAAUAAAACCAAUAAUAAUGGGGGCUCCAACUACCCUCUAUUGACUGGGUACAUGUCACCUCAGGACAAGAUGUAGAGAGAAAGAAAAUUUCUAGACACCAUAAGUGACUGAUUCUUGGAGCAGCUAGUCCUGGAACCCACAUUGAUUUAGCCCUAAGUGGAAUACAGGAUUUGAUUCAAGAUAUGAAUAUAGCUGAACCCCUUAGUAAUAGCAACUAUAAUGUAAUUAAAUUUAACUUGUAGGGGGGAAAAUACCAAAGAAUCCCACCAGAGUAGCAUUUAACUUUAAAAGGGGGGAACUACACAAAAAUGAGGAAGCUAGUUAAAUAGAAAUUAAAAGGAACAGUCAGAAGAGUGAAAUGCCUGUAAGCUGCAUGGAAAUGUCUUAUGAACACCAUAACAGAGGUUCAGACUAAAUGCUUACCCUGGGCUCAGUCUUUGGCCCUGGGCCCCAUUAAAAUGGGGUCCUGACCCCCAGUUUGAGAACCACUGGACUAGAUGACCUCUUGAUCUCCCUUACAGCCCUACACUUCUAGGAUUUUAAUAUUUUCUUUACCUAGAGUGAGAUGCUAGAAAGAACAUUUUCAAUCAUUUGCAUUAAAUGGAGAAAAAUGAAACCAAUAGUGCUUUAACUGUACAGCAAAAGUCAGAAUUUGUAUGAAUUAAGCAUAAUUAAUGUGACAAGGUAGAGCCUGGUGCACUAACUCCAAUCUAAAACUGCCACUUCUCACUUUAUUGAUAAAAAGACAAGUACAAAUGAGUUCUUAAAACAACAAAUGUAGAAGGGCCUGGAUGUACUGUAAUUACAAAAAAGGGUAUUUAUUCUAUAGUGAUGUAACUUCCUUCUGGUAGAACACAUUCGUGUUUUCAGUUACAUUUUAUUGCAAGUGGUUGCACUUCAUUUGAUUCUAGAGACAAGAUAAAACAAAGUUAAGGCUAAGUUUUGAACAUGUGAAACACAGAGCAUUUAGCACAGAUCAUUUCAGUUCAUUGGUUGCCAAUACAGAUAAUAGGUUAAAUUCCAGCUUUGAUUGUUUUUAGUUAUUUGGAUACAGUGGCUCACUGACACCACCCAAAGGGUAUCUAACUGUAUGGUUUUGUUUCUUCUACAAUAAACAAUUUUGAGGAACAAUUAA